ACAUCACUUCAUGUCGACCAUUGCGCAACUCGGCGCGACGAGCGAGCGAGCGAGCAACUCAAAGCCGCAACAGCCCGCCGCCUCUCUCGGGGCUGCUUGCGUGCGUCUCAUGAGGAGCUAAAGGCGCCCGAACCAGCGCGGACUCUUGUUUUCAGGGGUGGAUUUGCCCCCAACACAACGGAGCCAUGGACGAUGUUAAAAAGCCAAGAGUUGUUACUCCUCUUCUUCUUCUUCUUCUUCACGUCGCCAUUCUCUUAAUCUGCAGUCACUGCCACGGUCUUCUGGACAGUUUUCCGGGGGACGUGUCAGAUCAGCUGCUUCCUCGGCACUCUGACUCACAAGAAGACAGUCAAUUUUUCUCCUGUGAUUUCGAGUCGCCGUGUCUCUGGACUUUAUCAAAUCACAGUCAGCAAAGUGACUGGUUGGCAGUGUCUGCACGGGAAACGCAGCGAGCAGGUUGGAUGCCUGAGGCUGACUACUCGGAGGGGAGCUCUGAUGGUCACUUUCUUCUUCUAAGCCCCUCCCCUGGUGCCGAGGCCUCUAGGAGAUGCGAGUAUCAGUUAACGAGCCCGAUCGUGCCCAGAUGUGACCACCAGUGUGUUUUGCAUCUGGCCCUGUAUGAGACAUCACCAUCAGCAGGGGAUCUCACAGUCCUGAUCAAGCCACUUUACUCCAGUUCCUUUGUUGAUGCCGUCGUGUUCGAGCCUGAGAGGAGAGAGGACCCCAGGGCGGAGUGGGAAGCUGUGGAGACUGGAAUAGGCCCAGUGGAUGAGCCCUUCCAGGUGACUCUGAGCUACACCGGAUGUGUGCAGGACGGAUCCACUGUGGCUCUCGACUCACUGCGCUUCAUAAAUUGUGAUCCGGACGGAGAGGAAGAGGUCAUCCCACCGGAUGUGGACUGUGGCGAUAAUUUCUACUGUGAACACUCUGAAUAUUGCAUCGACCAAAAACAUGUGUGCGAUUUCCACACAGACUGCCCUUUAGGAGAGGAUGAGGGUUUCCUUUGCGGUUCAAUGCCAUUUGGCUCACAUUGCUCAUUUGAGCAGGAUGCUUGCGGUUGGUCAAUUUCUAAGCAGCAAUCAGCUUGGAAGAGGGUGGCCGGCGAUGAGCUGCUGCAGAGAGAAGACAUGCAGGGCCUCACACUGAGCAGUACGCCUGGAUAUUUUUUGUUUCUGGAGAUCAGAGAGACACAUACCCUGCAACAGGCAUUUGUUCAGAGCCCAUUUUUCCUUCCUCCUGUCUCCAAUAAUACUUGCCAGAUGCGUUUUUCUUUUUACCUGUUUGGCUCCUUCAAUGGCUCCUUGUCGGUGGUAAUAGAAGAGAACGGGACCUCCACAGCACCACUGAUCUGGGAGGGACAUGGUCAGUGGAAGGAUGACUGGGAGGAUGUUGUCCUGCAGCUGACAGACCUUCAUCAUGGGUUUCGCAUUAAGGUGACAGCUGUUUGGCUCCAGGGCUCCCAUGCUGAUGUAGCCCUGGAUGACAUUGCAAUCGGUGCAACCUGCUUCGACACAGAUCUCAGCUCACUCAUGCCGAUGGCUGACCUGAGGGAUUUCUUUAGCCCCCUCGCUGAGCCUUCAUUUUCAGAAAUGUCUCUGAUGAUGUGGUUUUUCAACUCGUGCGGCGCCAGCGGUCCUUACGGGCCGACCCAGGCCCAGUGUGACAGCACCUACAGGAACAAAAAUGUCAGCGUGACCGUGGGGAAGGAAGGACCUUUGAAGGGGGUGCAAAUGUGGAGGGUCCCUGCCACCAACAGAUACCUGAUUUCGGCUUAUGGAGCCGCAGGAGGGAAAGGGGCCAAAAACCACAACAAGCGCAACCACGGCAUCUUCAUAUCGGCUGUUUUUCCUCUGGAGAAAGGGGAAUUACUUUACAUCUUAGUGGGCCAUCAAGGAGAGGACGCAUGCCCGGGGAGAAAUUUACAAACCCAGAAGAUCUGCCUGGGGGAGUCAUCUGUGAUCGACACCAGAGGAGAGGCUGACACAGAGUGGUCCGGAGGGGGAGGCGGAGGGGGAGGAGCUACCUUCGUCUUUAAGAUGCAGGGCGACGAGCUGGUUCCCUUGCUGAUUGCGGCCGGCGGAGGAGGAAAUGCCUACAUGGAAGACCCAGAGUCCAGUUUGGAUCAGAUACCACUGGAGCAGUUUGAGAACAGCACCACAGCGCCCAGCACCAACGGUCAAACUGGCGCUGCAGGUGGAGGUGGAGGCUGGAAAGAUGCUCCUACGGCUCACCUGGUGGCCGGCAAGUCCCUGGCAGAAGGUGCCGACGGGGGUGCAGCGUGCCUUUUGUCAAAGUCCAAACUGGGCUGGUCCACCAACGGGGGGUUCGGAGGCGGAGGUGGCGCCUGCACGGCCGGAGGAGGCGGAGCUGGCUACAGAGGCGGCGAUGCUGCGCUGACGGAUGACAUGAAAGCCGAUGGUCGUGAUGGGAUCUCCUUCAUCAAUCCAAACGGCGAGAUUUACCUGCAGCCUCUGGCAGCCAUGGAGAGUCAUGGCGAGUGUGAAAUCAAAGUGCAGCUGAACUGCAGCCACUGUCAGUCCCAGAGCUGCAAGCAGGAUGAAGACACACACCUCAUCCUCUGCCUGUGCCACGACGACGAGAUUUUGGCCAGCGACAACGUCACGUGCGUUGAUACAGUAGCUCCUCCAGUCCCGCCUCCUCCGGUCCAGAUGUCGACCACGCUGGUCCUGGCCGUGGUCGUCUCCACCGUCGUCAGCGGCGUGGUGUUGAUCUGCGCCGGAGUCAUCCUCAUGUGGCAUCGCUGGAAAAACGAUCUACAAGCAGUGAGGGGCCGCCUGCAGAGCCCCGAGUACAAGCUGAGUAAGAUCCGCUCCUCUACCAUCAUGACGGACUACAACCCCAACUACUGCUUUGCCGGGAAGGCCUCGACGCUCAGUGAGCUGAAGGAAGUACCGCGCAAAAACAUCACACUGUUCAGAGCUCUCGGCCACGGCGCCUUCGGUGAGGUGUACGAGGGUCAGGUCCUCGGGAUGAACGCCGAUAAUGGCCCCAUGCGAGUGGCUAUAAAGACUCUUCCGGAAAUCUGCUCUGAGCAGGAUGAAAUGGAUUUCCUCAUGGAGGCGCUGAUUAUGAGCAAGUUCAACCAUGAGAACAUUGUACGGUGCAUCGGCGUCAGUCUCAACAUCCUGCCACGCUUCAUCUUGCUGGAACUCAUGACCGGAGGAGACAUGAAGAGCUUCCUGAGGCAGAACAGGCCUCAACGCGGCCAAGCUCCUUCUCUCAGCAUGCACGAGCUGCUGCAGAUGGCCAGGGACAUUGCACGUGGUUGCCGCUACUUGGAGGAGAAUCACUUCAUACACAGAGAUAUUGCUGCUAGAAAUUGCCUUCUUACGUGCCCUGGACCGGAAAGGGUGGCCAAGAUCGGAGACUUUGGCAUGGCCAGAGAUAUUUACAGAGCCAGCUACUACAGAAAAGGUGGCCGUGCCAUGCUGCCAGUCAAGUGGAUGCCACCUGAGGCUUUCAUGGAGGGAAUCUUCACCUGCAAGACGGAUACAUGGUCCUUUGGAGUACUGCUAUGGGAGAUCCUCUCUUUGGGCUACAUGCCAUACCCAUGCAAGACCAACCAGGAGGUGCUGGAGUUCGUCACCAGUGGAGGCAGGAUGGACCCCCCAGAGGGUUGCCCCGGCCCAGUCUAUCGAAUCAUGACCCAGUGUUGGCAGCAUUGUCCUGAAUACCGACCCAACUUCUCCACUAUACUUGAGAGAAUCAACUACUGCACUCAGGAUCCGGACGUGAUCAACACACCUCUCCCAGUCGAAUAUCGGCCCACCACGGACGACGAUAGUGCCGCAGUGAUCCGCCCGUCUGACCACAGACCCACCAGCUUCGCUCCUCUCCCCGUCUCCUUGGACACCUCCACCCCCUUGAUCCUGGCGCCCCCGGCGCUUCUUCCGCAGCCCGCUAAACCUCAUCUUCUCCUUCAAAAAGGCCCACCUGUCCAGCACGAGGCAACGUCAGGCCGCGAGGCGCUCCCAGAGCCCUCCUGGCCCGAGGCAGUCCCGGCUGCCGCCGUGUGCACGGGGGGCCUCUGGGUGCACCCUGAGCCUCCUUUGCAUCAACCUUGCUCCAGAAACAACUCUUGCUCGGGAAGCCAACAGCUGACGAACAAAACCAAGAAUUUGUGGAACCCGACGUAUGGCUCCUGGGUCUUGGAAAGCUUCAAGGGCAAGAAGACCCUGGCUCACACUCAGUCCGUGCCCCUCUCGAGUUCUCCUUCCCCUUCGUGCAACGUGGCCGCCUCAGAAUGCAACCGGGCAGGUUGUGAAAACUCCAACUGCUCCCACCUCAAACCCCCCAGCCUCGGUACUUCUGCGUCGCCUCCCUGCCAGGCUCAAGCCGCACUGAGCGUGCCCCACAAUAAGGGCCAAAGCGGUGGCGCCCCCUCGAAGGGGGGCAUUGACCUGGCAAAGCUGCAGAGUUUUCCCUGUGGAAACGUCAAUUACGCCUACGAUGAGCAAAGCUACGAGGGAGAGAGCUUGCCCUUGGUGGUCCAGACCAAAGGCCCUGAAGCCAUCAAAAACACCAGCUCGGCUCCCAGCAUGUCCUCAGGGACUGGCCUGGGGCUGGCGCUGGGUCUCUACGCGUCCUCUUCAUCCUCUUCCUGCAUGCCCAAGCUGCUGCUCAAGCGCCACGCUAGCUACGGGCACGAGGACGUGAGGAGAUGCACCAAAGCUGAGAAGCCCGCACGAGACCGAGACUCCGGCUUCUCUUUGUCCGAGGACCUGAGCGUCACCCCGACCUGAGGACUAAACCUCUGUUAGCUUUUAGGUUUUGAGAGUCAACACAGCAGGUUUUCCUGAUGUGAAAUAAAGGAGACCAUGAUAAAUCAUUACAAAACUUUUCGGGGUUUUUAAAUAGUGUGACCCAUUCCUUGUUUAGCAUAAGUUGUGUAUAGUGAACCGCUGCAUACUUCCCAUUCAGCAUUCGUUUAUUCACCUAUCUGCAGAUAUUUUUCUUCUGUUAUUUGCUCAAAAACUUACCUCUUCACUGUUUUUGUAUACAGUUAUUGCUUUGGCCUGAGCACAAAAAGAGCGAUGUGCAAGUGAGUUGAGGAGUUCUAUUUACACCUAAGUAGUCAUUUGUCACCAUCUUGUGGCAUCUAUAGGCAAGUACAACAAUUUUAAGGGCAGGGAAUCAAUUACAGGUUUUUACUACUUGUGGCAGGGCUGUACACCUGAAAAUGAGAUAAGAUAAUUAUGAAAUUCAGUGUUCAAAUCUCGUCGCUGGCCAGUUUGAAAGUUCUCCAACUGAAUUUGAGUGACUUUGGUCCAGAGUUGCCUUUGUAAAUCCAUGAUUACCUGUACAGGCAAUGUUUUAAGGUGCAUUUCAGUGGCCAAGGGCCGUACUAAAUUAAAGAAAACAAUUUGACAGAACGGUGGCCUUGUGGUGGGCGUGUCUGCCUCACAGUUCUGAGGUAAAACCCUGAACAGUAUAAACCAGUGGUCACGGGCCAUUUAGUACCAGGCCGCACAGCUUUUAAUGUAAAAUUCUUAUUCUGAUUUUAUUUUAAUGUUUUAUUGUGGGAGAGUCCGCGGUGGAAAAAGGUUGGGGACCACUGGUAUAGGAUGUCUAGAAAAUAGAUGGAUGGAUGCCUUGUGCAGUUAACAUAAUAAUUGAAAACAUUUUGAAAUUGUAGAAAUUAUUUAUCGUGGUAUCGUUUUUUUUUUUUUUUCUUUUUACAUCAUAGAAACCUGCUCUGUUGACAGCGAAGUGCUGACUUUCUAUAUCCACUGUGCCAGCUCGGUAGUGAAUGAUUUGAACUCAUGUAAUGGUUCUGAUGAUUAAAAUGCUGGAAGGACGCCCUCAUACACUCCUCUGCACUGUGAUUCAGAGAGCUGGACUCUUUCCUGCUGGAACCUU